GAAGAAACCCUACAUCCGGCAGCCAGCUGCAGCUAGUUAGCAGAAACAUAAACACUGAAACCUCUCCGGGGAGAUCCAACUAUUCAACUGUAUAGAUUUAGUUUCUUUGUGUUUCCCUUUGUAGAGAACACUAACAGAAUGCGGUAGCUUGGUAAACGUCUGAUAUAUCACCAUGUUUGUUCGGAUCUUGGAAAACAAAAGGCCUUGAAGUUGUCCUGCUAACCAAUGACCAUGAUUCAGCUGGAGAAGCCGGUUCUGCCUGGUACCAUGCCGGUGGUAUGGCCCACCAUCCUCGACCUGGGCAGGGAUGAGUGUAAGAGAAUUCUCCGGAAACUGGAGCUGGAGGCGUAUGCUGGAGUUAUCAGCGCCCUGCGAGCCCAGGGAGACCUGACAAAAGACAAGAAGGACCUGCUGGGAGAACUCACUAAGAUCCUUGGCAUCUCCACAGAGCGCCAUCGUGCAGAGGUCCGCAGGGCUGUCAACGAUGAACGCCUCACCACCAUUGCGUAUCACAUGUCGGGUCCUAACAGCUCCUCUGAAUGGUCGAUUGAAGGACGCCGACUGGUUCCUUUGAUGCCUCGGCUCGUCCCGCAGACAGCCUUCACUGUGACUGCUAAUGCUGUAGCCAGCGCCACGGCCAAUCAGAACGCCUCCCUACUGCUGCCAGCUGAGACAGGAAACAAAGAAGUGGUUGUCUGUUACUCUUACACAAGCACCACCUGCACUUCCACGAGCGCCACAGCCACCAGUGGCAUCGGAGCAACCGUCAAAUCACCACGACCACCCAGUCCCUCAUCCAACGUGGUGGUGCUGCCCAGCGGGAGCACGGUCUACGUGAAAAGUGUGAGCUGUUCCGAUGAGGACGAGAAGCCUCGCAAGAGAAGAAGAACCAACUCCUCCAGCUCGUCUCCGGUGAUGCUGAAGGAAGUCACCAAAGUGUCCCCACAGGUGUCCAAGAGCAUCACAGUGCCGGUGAGCGGCAGCCCCAAGAUGAGCAACAUCAUGCAGAGCAUCGCCAACUCACUGCCACCCCACCUGUCCCCGGUCAAGAUCACCUUCACCAAGCCCACCAUCCAGACCACCAGCUCCACCACACAGAAGGUCAUCAUCGUUACAACGUCUCCCAGCUCCAACUUCGUCCCCAACAUCCUGUCAAAGUCUCACGCUCACAACAACGCCGCUCUGUCUAAACUGGCCGCCUCCUCCAUCCUGACGGCGCCAACGCAGAAACAGACCGUGGUGUUCCCAGCCAGCGCCAGCCCGUCCAACACUGUUGCAGUGACCACAGUCGUGUCCUCCUCCCCAUCAGUGGUCAUGUCCACUGUGGCGUCAUGUGCUGGUUCAGCCGGAGUGAAGGUGGCGUCUGCCAGACUUCCUUCACCCAAAACAAUGGUGGGCUCCCCGGCUCAGAUCAUGGCUCAGUUCCCCAAACAGCAGUCGCCCAAACAGCUGCAGCAGGGCUCAGCUUUGGGUGCUGCUGGUGUCGGUCAGGCCCAGGCCACCUGUAGCUCACCUGGAGGAAAACCUACCAUCCAGAUCAAACAGGAGUCCGGAGUAAAGAUAAUCACUCAGCAGGUCCAACCCAGUAAAAUCCUCCCCAAGCCGUCGUCAGUUCUCUCUAGCAGCAGCUCGUCCCCCAUCAUGGUUGUCAGCAGCAAUGGAGCCAUCAUGACCACCAAACUGGUCACCCAGCCCACAGCCACCCAGGCCACCUACACCAGACCCACUGUGAGCCCGGGCAUCGGUGCCAGAAUCACAGCCUCCAGCGGCGGGACCACUUAUGUGAAGACCACAAGCGGUAACAUCAUCACAGUGGUGCCCAAGUCUCUGGCCACGCUGGGCGGGAAGAUCAUCAGCAGCAACAUCGUCUCUGGAACAACCACGAAGAUCACAACCAUCCCCAUGACCUCCAAACCAAACGUCAUCGUGGUGCAGAAGACCACGGGGAAGGGAGCGACCAUCCAGGGACUGCCGGGCAAGAACGUGGUCACCACUCUUUUAAAUGCCGGGGGUGAGAAGGGCUUGCAGGCUGUCCAGGGGACUAAACCGGCAAUCAUCACCGCCUCCAGACCCAUCACCAAGAUGAUCGUCACCCAGCCCAAAGGCAUGGGCUCUGGGUCCCAGGCCACCGCCACCAAGAUCAUCCCCACCAAGAUCGUCUACGGCCAGCAGGGCAAGACUCAGGUUCUCAUUAAGCCUAAGCCGGUCUUCCAGACAGCAUUAGUCGAGCAGACCCGGCAGCUGGUCACCGAGACUCUGCAGCAGGUGACCCGCUCAGUCGACAUCUUGCAGGGUCAGACCUCAGGCCAGGACGGGUCCACGAAGGACGAGCCCGGCGAGGCUUCCCACAGCAGUGCUCAAGAGCCUCACCCUGUAGUGCACGUGGUCUCCUCCAGAGAGCAGGAUUGGACCGAGCAGGAAGUCUCCGUGGAGUCCAGCCCCACUAUUAUCUACCAGGAGGUGUCUGCCGGGGAAUCCCAGUCGGCUACUUCUACCAUUAAAGCUUUGCUGGAGCUGCAGCAGACAACAGUGAAGGAGAAGGGAGAGUCCAAACCCAGACAGCACACCAUCGACCUGAGUCAGAUGGCCGUGCCCAUACAGCUGGCCCAGGAGAAGAAACCCAGCCCCGAGUCCCCCAGACCCUCCACCUCAGAGGCUGAACCCAGCACUGAGUACAUCCCACCAGCCUUACGCCUGGUAUUCCCCUCUCUCUCAGGUAAAAUCUGCAGGCUGGCGGUGUCCACAGACGACGAUGACGUGGUCAUGUCCUCCACUCAGCAGCUGGUGAAGCCUUUCAAGAGCAGCGUCACCCAUGUUACUGUGGUGACCAAACCUGCUGCUGCUGUCACCUCUGCAGCUCAGCACGUCAGCCAAACGCCGUCUGACAGUCAGAGUAAAACUGACACAGUGUUAGAGGUUGGAGAGAUGGAGGGCGACACGUUGGAUCCUCAGACAGGUUUAUUCUAUCGCUCCAGCCAAUCAGCUCCUGAACCCACGAAACAAACCCCCCACUCUGCAGCCGCUCAGCCUCCAACUGUGAGCCAGACUGAGCCCGAGCAGAGCCGGCAGACCUCAUCCUCCACCCAGCCUCCUCCACCACCUCCUCCACAGCUGCAGAGCAAACCUCAGAUCAGCCAGCCAUCCUCCUCCUCCUCCAUCUUCCCCUCCAAUCCUCCUCUCAUCAAGAAACUCCCAAAGCUACACGUGCAGAGUCCACCCAAACCCCAGGUCCCCACCCAGAGCCCCAAAGACAGACCUGUGGCUGCUCCAGCACAAGCGGGGGCAAAGGUAACGAGCCCAGGCACGCCAACUAAACUUCUGGUGACGCCGCAGCUCCCGAAACUCCAACAAGCACCAACGUCCCACCACAGACCGCUGCACACACCCAUGUCCCAUCCGCCACCCCUGCAGGCACACCACCCGGUCAGCACGGAGAAGACUUCCUCCAGCCAGCAGCCAAUCAUCACACAGAGUGCCACCGUCACUAAGAUCUCCUUUGGCAGCUCCCACCAUCCAUCACCAGUCUUCAGCAGCGCAGAGGCCACAGCCAAACUGAUCCCAGAGUCCAGCUCCGGCCCCUCAGGAGAGAAAUCCUCCGUGUCAGACAUCCUGAAGAUCUCAAUGAUGGAGGCGGAGAUCGACCCCAGCAUAGAGCCAAUGGUGGUGGACUCCUCCAGCGACUCUGGCCCUCUGGUGAAAGCUCUGGAGGUCCGGGCCGUGUCAGGCACGCUGGACUCGGGCCAGUUCAUCAGCAGCUCUGGGACCUCUAUACAUCAUUCCCACGCAAAGCCACAGCAGUUCAGCUGCAUGCCGAGCCUCGCUGCACAGAGGAGCAAAGAGGACCUGGAGGUCAUCGAGGUGAUUCCCCAGUUCUCCAUCCUGCCGGACUCCAGCCAGUCCAACGUGGUGGUGGAGCCCAGCGGCUUCCUGGAAAUCACCAACUACACCAGCCAGCAGCAGGAGGAGGACAGCCCCAUGGAGCAGGAGGUGGACAGCAGCAACGACGAGGCGGCUGCAGCCAGCCCCCCCGACCAACCGUGAACACCACGUGCUAAAGAUACGAGACUCACAAUGUGGUUUUUGCUUUGACCAAACGGACAAAGACUUUCAGGCUGUUUUUUUAAAAGGCAAGAGCAAGAAUGCAUUUAGUUUUUCUUGUAAAUAUUUAGUUAGUUUAUUAUAAGCCUUUCUUCCUCCCCAGGACUGAUGGAACAUGUGUUUUCUAUUGCCAGUGAGGAGUGCUGGAUAUAAAAAGCGGGAGCGAGGUGAAAGGAUUCAAUGCAGCCGCAGACAGUUGGAAAGAAGCCAGUCCAAACAAACAGAAUUUAAUUAUUAUACUAUAUUAAUGUUGUUACUUGCAGGACUUUGCAAGAUCGUCACACAUCCAUGAAAUUGAUCAUUUAGAUUUUUUGGCACCGUGAAUUCUCUAAGAAACAGCCAGCUGGAUCAGACCCCUGGAGGUCUGCAUUUAUUUUUAAUUGUCCGAGGUUUCACAUACCUGUUUCCAAUUAGUGGCUUUGGUCUCUACGGUUUUUGCACAGUGACUCUCCUGCUGAUGGUCAUCUUCUUUCAGUGACCUGCAGGUUUAAACAAACGUUGAACAGUAUUUCUCUGACUGAACUUUGCGACAGUAAAGACUCGAGGAUUGAAGUUUUCAUAAGAGAGAGGAAUAAGCUGCUUCAGAUUGAAUUAAUUUCUGUGUGGAACAUGAAGCAGAACUGAAAAGGAGUCUCGGAGGACAGAUCGAGUCCAACACAGAACGUGUUACUGCUUAUCCUAACUGAUGAGAUGAAAAAGGAAAGGGUCCUUUUUGUAAGAUAUACUCUGGAUUCAAAACAAAGCUUGCUGUGAGAGUUUCUCCAAGUAUGGCUCUGCGUGUUGCAUAGUGUUUGAAACUAUGCAUUUCUUUUUUACCUUUUCAAACUAGAGGACUAGUUGAGAAAAAUGUUUAAUCUGCACAAUAAAUAAGCUGAGUAGAACAUG